UUGAUCGUUGUAAUGUGAGCGGCAAUUGAGUUUGUCAGUACCAGUAGCGCUGAGCAGAGGACAGCGCCUCCCACUCGUCUGCGCGCGCGCCUCCUCACUCGACGACGAACCCGCGCCGCGCGCGCGAACCAAUAGCGCCUGUGAACAAGUGAUUGUGCCAAGUGGAAAUUACGAUUCAUAUCCUCUGAAAAGAUUCCAUCUGGCAUGACCGAGGGAAAAUAGCGAUAUGAAUAGCAACCGUCUCUCGCGGGGCGGGUCCCUAUUCGGCACCGACCCCCAGGUGCAGCUGCGGUCGGCGCUUCGCACCAACGAUAUCGCCACAUUCAAGAAGCUGCUUGGCUACGGCGCCGUCGACCUGGAGUAUGUCUACCAGUACCCGGACUACAAAACGUGCCUCGAGCUGGCCGUUUCGGAGCCGCACAAAAAGGAGUUCGUCAAACUCCUGUUGCAGCACGAGGCGCAAGUGAACAACGUCAACGAAACCUACGGAGGCGCUCCCAUACAUCUGGCAGUGGAGUGCGGCAACAAGGAGGCGCUGGCCGCCCUGCUGGAGGACGACCGCAUCGACGUCAACGUCAGGUGCAAAGGCAACACCGCCCUGCUCAUGGCCAUAAAACAGAUCCAAGAUUUGGACGACGAUCGCGAGCACGAGCUGGAGGUGUACGAGCAUAUGAUCGAAAUGCUCCUGAAAGCGGGCUGCGACGCCAACGCACCGGAUCAAAAGGGCGUAACGCCGAUAUAUUCGGCGGCUAAGCAGGGUCUCGAGAGAGUGAUCACAUACAUUUUAGAUUACUGCAGGGAUCCGAUCGAUUUGGAUGCGUACACCGAUAUUCGGGGCAGAUCGGCUCGGUACUAUUUGCAGGAGGCCUUUCCCCAUCUCGUCGGUAGAUUUAAGACCAUGACAGAGGAGGCCAAGGAGGCCGUCGGCGUUGACAAAUUGUUUUCCUAUUUAUCUAGACACGACGAGGACAAGUUUGUGCGAGAUCUCGGCAGGCUCGUUCAGAAAAACGAGCACAGGCCUAUAUUGGCCAGCAACAACGGCAUGAAUACGAUGCUCCAGUUGGCGACAGACAAGGGAUUCGAAAAAGUAGUCAGUGCCCUACUCAAUUCUGGUGCGGAUCCAAAUGCGACGUGUAGCGGCAACAACAACCGACCCGUGGCCAUCGCCUGUGCCAACGGAUAUCACAAGAUUCUCCGAAUGUACAUCGAGAAUGAAUCUACGUUAUUCGAGCCCUACAACGGAGAAUCGCUGCUACAAACUACCGUAAAGAACAUGCGCUCGGCUAAACACGGUCCUAAGGUUAAUUAUAGGGAUUGCCUCGAUUUAUUGUUCAGCUUGGAGAGCAUCAGAAAGAACGUCAAUUAUUCGGACAUCAAAGACAACACCGCUCUACAUUAUGCGGCUCGAAAUGGUGAUAAUGAAACUGUUCUGUAUUUGCUGAGGAAAGGAGCGUGCAUAGGUUUAAGAAAUAAAUUUGAGGAACCCCCGCUGGCCGAUAUCAACGCAAAAACUCUCGAAUCCUAUCUGGACGAGUGCAUACAGACCAACGGGGAGAGGCCGAGCGACGACGGGUACGAAAUUCAUAUGAAGUAUAGCUUUCUCGUGUAUCCGAAUAAUUCUAUGGAAAACGAGCUCUGGGAGGUGCCUCUCAUGGACAAAUCGAACAACAAUAACGACCUCAAGGAGUACGACGCCAUCCUAGCGCCCGAAACGGAGGCUCUACUGUAUAUGACCGGGAACGAGGAGCUGAGGCCGCUUCUCGCUCAUCCUGUAAUUACGAGUUUCUUAUACUUGAAGUGGCAGAGGAUAAGUUGCCUCUUCUACGCAAAUAUUACAUUCUAUCUUCUGUUUUGGUUGUGUUUAAAUAUUUAUAUCAUAUCCGGUUACGGCGUUGAGUACAAACAGGACAAGUCGCUCGAGGCCCUAAACGCCGCGACCCACGUAAUUGCCUCGAUAGGUUUGAUAAUGCUAGUGUUUCGGGAGCUAUUUCAACUGCUAGUUUCACCGACUAGAUACUUGCAGAGCAUCGAGAACUGGAUGGAAAUCGCGUUAAUUGUCGUGUCGGCCUGGAUCGUCUGCUACGACUCGGCGCAGGAGUCUACGAAGCAGCAACUGUCCGCGAUCGCUAUUCUACUAUCUUCAGCGGAACUGGUUCUCCUCAUCGGUCAAUUUCCCACACUCUCCACCAACAUCGUAAUGCUAAAAACUGUGUCCUGGAACUUCUUAAAGUUUCUGCUCUGGUACUGCAUCCUCAUCAUAGCGUUCGCGCUGAGCUUCUACACUCUGUUCAGAAAGGACGUCGAGGAGGACCAGCGGCCGCCGAACCCGAACGCCGCGCCAGACGCGGACGAGGACGAGGACUUCUUCGAGGAUCCGGGGCGGUCACUGUUCAAGACCAUAGUGAUGUUGACCGGCGAGUUCGACGCCGGUUCCAUCAAGUUCAGCGCGUUCCCCGUCACGAGCCACAUAAUCUUCGUCGUGUUCGUGUUCAUGAUACCGAUCGUGCUGUUCAAUCUGCUGAACGGGCUGGCGGUGAGCGACACGCAGGAGAUCCGCGCCGACGCCGAACUGGUGGGGCACGUGGCGCGGGUCAAGCUCAUAUCGUACUUCGAGAGCGUUCUGAUCGGGAAGAUGUACACGAGGGAGAUGAGCUGCUGGUCCUGGCUGCCGGCGUCCGUCCGCGACGUCAACGUGAUCAAACCCCAGCUGUUAUGCAUAAGGCCGUUCGCGAGGCGAAUAAGCCUGUUCCCGUUCUUCCUGCCGAAGUACCGAAUCGUAGUGAAGCCGAACCAGGGCAACAGGAUCGAAAUACCGCAGCCGGAGCCGGCGGGCAAGUACGGAGACGACGACGACGUCGAGGGCGGGCGGUGCUGCUUCGAGCGGUGUCAGGCGUACAGACUGGACAGAAAGAUCGUAAAGAGUGCCAAGCUCGUCAUCAGCAAAAAGGCUCACGUGUCAGAGUUCGACGAAAUAAAGAGUAAACUCGAAAGUUUAGAGAAUACUCUGAAGAGUGUUUUACAAGCAAAAUAAUAAAUAAAGUCCUAGGAGAUUACGAAAGAGAGAUAACGAGAGAAGUAAAAAUGAUUCCAUGUAUUUAUAAAAUAUAACUAAUGUGAUGCCAUUAAAGUAAGAAAAGUGUUUAUCAUAUUAUUGUAAUUUGUAAUACUACGUCAAGCUUACAUACAGCUUCGUAAAGGUACCGGUUGGCAGAGGGCGACAUAAGGCAACCACUACUGGUUACUAUGUAUUCGACAGACAGACAGACACGUCGUCUGCCGUCGCUUCAUGUAGCCGGCUUCCAACUUGUACCUUUAGACAACACUUUUACGUUUAAAGUUUGAGACAUUGACGUUUUCAUACGAUGAUUUUCGGUUUUUUACAAUUUGUUGUUAAAAUAUUAACAAAUAUUUAAAUAAA